AUGCACGUCGGCAAUCAAGCAACUCUCGACCGGUCAAACAACGAUAUAAAUGUGUUGAAUAAGUCACCGUUGUAUGAUUCGGUUCGAAAUGGGACGAAUCCAAACUCAUCAUUCAUUCUUCGCGGUCGGUUGUACAAACGUGGCUAUUUGCUAACUGGUGGUAUUUAUCCUAGGUGGUCUACAUUUGUUAAAGCGUAUCCACACCCUGUCGAUCCAAAAGAAAAGAAGUUCAAAAAAGUACAAGAAGCGGCAAGAAAAGACAUUGAAAGGGUUUUUGGUGUUCUUAAGGAAAAAUGGAAGAUAUUGGAGCGCCUCAUUCGUUAUUUCGAUUUAGACAAGAUCGGCAAAGUCGUCGAAGCGUGUUGUAUAUUGCACAACAUGAUCAUAAAGGAUGACGGGAGGGCAAUAUCACCGGUUCAUAUAAUGGACCAACCGACACCGAUAGUAUAUGAUCCUAGCGUUUUACCAGAGUUACAUGAUGAAAGCUUCCAUCAUCGUCUCUGUUAUGAUCUUACAGAGCAUCUAGCGGGUCUAGAUUUGGCAUACCUCAAUGACCCGGCUUUUCAACCAACACCGAUUGAAGAUUUAAUUUAG